AUUGUUGUACAUAGAGCCGGUUUAGUGUCGUCAAUGGGAAGCACACAAGACGGUGGCAAAGCGAGUUACGGUCUAGAUUGAAAUCCGCGGCUGCACCAUGCUCUCCAGGUCUAUCUCGUGUCUUUGGAUUACAUUUUGCCUUCAUGUAUGCUGUUAUGUAGACGGCGGGCAAGCUCAGAAUGCGAAGGAAGUGAUUCUGCUGGACUCCAAGGCACAGCAGACAGAACUGGAGUGGAUCUCCUAUCCUCCCAAUGGGUGGGAAGAGAUCAGCGGCUUGGAUGAGAACUACACACCCAUUCGCACAUACCAGGUUUGCCAAGUCAUGGAGCCCAAUCAGAAUAACUGGCUUCGGACUAACUGGAUAGAGAAGGGCAAUGCCCAGAGAAUUUUUGUGGAACUGAAGUUUACCCUGAGGGAUUGUAACAGCCUACCCGGAGUGGUGGGCACUUGCAAGGAGACGUUCAACUUGUAUUACCAGGAAACAGAUUCGGAGGUGGGCAGGAGCUUACGGGAGAACCAGUACGUGAAAAUUGAUACCAUCGCCGCAGAUGAAAGCUUCACUCAGGGCGACCUGGGCGAGAGGAAGAUGAAGCUAAAUACAGAAGUGCGCAUAAUUGGCCCCCUGUCCAGACGGGGCUUCUACCUGGCCUUCCAGGAUGUAGGGGCGUGUAUCGCCCUGGUCUCUGUCAAAGUGUAUUACAAGAAGUGUUGGUCUAUCAUCGAGAACUUGGCCACGUUCCCAGACACCGUGACUGGAUCAGAGUUCUCCUCGCUGGUGGAGGUCGAGGGCAUGUGCGUGAGCGACGCGGAGGAGGAGGCCGACAACUCCCCCAAGAUGCACUGCAGCGCCGAAGGGGAAUGGCUGGUGCCUAUUGGGAAAUGUAUAUGUAAAGCUGGAUUUCAUCAGAAAGGGGACGCAUGUGAACCGUGCGGUCGCGGUUUCUACAAGUCUUCCUCCCAGGACCUUCAGUGCUCUCGCUGUCCGGCGCACAGCUUUAACGACCGUGAGGGCUCCUGGCGCUGCGACUGUGAGGACGGCUACUACAGAGCACUCUCUGACCCUCCGUCUGUGGCCUGCACAAGACCUCCCUCAGCGCCACAGAACCUGGUCUACAACAUCAACCAGACCACAGUUAGCCUGGAGUGGAACCCGGCGGCUGACACGGGCGGCCGCAACGACGUCACCUACAGGGUUAUAUGCCGGCGCUGCAGCUGGGAACCCGAGGAGUGUGUUCCGUGUGGACCAAAUGUGGGAUACUCUCCUGCACAGUCAGGAUUAGUAGACACUUAUGUGACCGUCAUGGAUCUGCUCGCCCACGCCAACUACACUUUUGAGGUGGAGGCUGUCAACGGGGUGUCAGACCUGAGCCGAACGCAGAGGCUGUUUGCUGCGGUUAGCAUCGCUACUGGUCAAGCAGCUCCGUCCCAGGUCAGCGAGGUCAUCAAGGAGAAAGUGCAGCAGCGCAGCAUCCAGCUCUCCUGGCAGGAGCCGCACCAACCCAACGGCGUCAUCACGGAAUACGAAAUCAAAUACUACGAAAAAGAUCAGAAGGACCGGAUCUACUCCACAGUGAGGUCCAAGUCCACAUCAGCCACAGUGAACAACCUGAGGCCCAGCACGGCCUACGUGUUUCAGAUCAGGGCCUUCACAGAGGCAGGAUAUGGCACCUUUGGCCCCAGACUAGAGAUAACCACCAAGGAAGAGGCCACAGCUGCGAUUGUCUCCAGCGAGCAGAACCCCGUCAUCAUCAUCGCGGUUGUGGCCGUGGCGGGGACCAUCAUCCUGGUGUUCAUGGUGUUUGGCUUCAUCAUCGGGAGAAGGCACUGCGGGUACAGCAAAGCCGACCAGGAGGGAGACGAGGAGCUCUACUUUCAGUUUAAAUUUCCAGGCACCAAAACCUACAUUGACCCUGAAACCUACGAGGACCCAAACAGGGCUGUCCAUCAAUUUGCCAAGGAGCUGGACGCCUCCUGCAUUAAAAUUGAGCGGGUUAUUGGAGCAGGAGAGUUCGGGGAGGUGUGCAGCGGCCGGCUGAAGCUGCCUGGAAAGCGAGACGUGUCAGUCGCCAUCAAGACGUUGAAAGUGGGCUACACCGAGAAGCAGAGGCGGGACUUCCUGUGUGAGGCCAGCAUUAUGGGACAGUUUGACCAUCCUAAUGUUGUUCAUCUGGAGGGAGUCGUGACGAGAGGAAAACCGGUGAUGAUUGUCAUCGAGUACAUGGAGAACGGCUCAUUAGAUGCUUUCCUCAGGAAACACGAUGGUCAGUUCACAGUCAUCCAGUUGGUGGGGAUGCUGCGGGGCAUAGCGGCGGGAAUGAGAUAUCUCUCCGAUAUGGGAUACGUCCAUCGAGAUCUCGCCGCGCGAAACAUCCUUGUCAACAGCAAUCUUGUAUGUAAAGUGUCUGACUUCGGCCUGUCAAGGGUGAUAGACGACGAUCCUGAGGCUGUCUACACAACAACCGGCGGCAAAAUACCUGUCCGAUGGACCGCGCCAGAAGCCAUACAGUAUCGGAAAUUCACCUCUGCAAGUGAUGUGUGGAGUUACGGCAUUGUUAUGUGGGAGGUCAUGUCCUAUGGGGAACGGCCUUACUGGGAUAUGUCCAAUCAAGAUGUAAUAAAGGCGAUAGAGGAGGGCUACCGUCUUCCAGCUCCAAUGGACUGUCCACCAGGCCUGCAUCAGCUAAUGCUGGACUGCUGGCAGAAAGACAGAGCCGAACGACCCAAAUUCGAUCAAAUAGUUGGCAUCCUUGAUAAGAUGAUUCGCAACCCUAACACCUUGAAAACCCCAGUGGGAACAUGUACUAGACCAAUUAGUCCACUGUUAGAUCAGAGCACACCAGACUUCACCGCUUUCCGCUCAGUGGGAGAGUGGCUGGAAGCCAUCAAGAUGGAGCGAUACAGAGACAACUUCACAGCAGCUGGCUACAGUUCCCUGGAAUCUGUAGCCAGGAUGUCAAUCGAGGACGUGAUGAGCUUGGGGAUCACACUGGUGGGCCAUCAGAAAAAGAUCAUGAGCAGCAUACAGACUAUGAGAGCCCAGAUGCUGCAUCUCCACGGCACAGGUGUCCAGGUGUGAUGGACUGCAACGGGCUGCAUCACAAAGGGUGAAAACAAAAACAGAACUCAUCCGGAGCAGUGCCUGGGACGUACCCGGGAUAAUCGUCAAAGUAAAUGGACAUCUGUUAUGUCUGACUCUUUCGGCUGUGUCUGGAGUGAAAGCAUUCCUUUGCUCCUCACUGAAGGAUUGUGGUCCAACUCUUCUAUGGCCACUAAAGAGAGGAAAAGGGCAAAAAAAACAGCAACAAAAGAGAAACUACCUGGACGAGACAACUCCCUUUUUUGUUACUUUGUUUUCUUUUUUAUUUAGAAGCGCUUAUGAACUCAACCACAUAUCAAAUGGUGCAUUGGAAAGGAGUUUGAUGCUUACAUUUCUUUAACUUAAUGAAUGAUUUAAAUGCACACCAUGGCUAUGGAUUUCCUUUAAAAAGAACAAAAAAACUUGUCUACCUGCGGUGGUUUCACUUGUUCAUUUUUCUAAUUUUCUUUCUGUCUGCCACAUUGAUAUGUUGUGGCCCAAACAGCAGUUUAAUUUUUCUCUUCUAUUUGGACUUGACAACAGGGUAAACUUUUAUCCAAAUGCAGAGGGAACUCUUUAGGUGCAGUCUCAAAGGUACUUUCUGUGCUGACACAUGCUGACAGUUGAACUGUUUGAACUGUUUGCAGUGACCCGUGUUUUCCUUCAUGUGCUGUUGAAGUGAAAAUGUUGUCCUUACAUGCUUGUUUGCAGGCAGCAUACAGGAGUGGAGUUUUGACAUGGUUUCAACCUUUCAAAUUUUUUUAUUAAGGAAUUGAGGAGUGCAGCACUGAGAAGAUUCAGGAGGCUGAACUGUUUUUCGAAUCACCAGACUUUUAUAUCAGAGUAGCAAUAUCCUUUGGCUUAGUGUUCACUACAGCAAAUGCAGAACGGUACCUGGUUAUUGACUAAAAUGUUGCAGCACUGUUGAAAGAUUGUAUUGAAAUUGAAGCCACCGUGAAUUGUUUUGCCAUCUUUUUGCCUAAAAUGUUGCACACAGUGUUUGUUUUGGUGCAUUAUUCAGCUACAAAUACAUUUUUUAAGGGUGGAUCCAAGAAAGGUGUAAAUGUAAUACUGCCUUAAAAUUUGUUAGAUUAAGUAUUGUCACUAUUUUAGGCACUUCAAUGACAAUGCUUUCUGCGGUUUAUUUUAAGGGUGGACAAGCUCCUUAUAUAUUUUUUUUGUUUUCCUUGUAGUGUGAUGUCUUUUUAUCUAGAACUUGAACUGGUGAAAUCAAGUGCACGGACAUGGUUCAGUGCCACGAGUGACAGAGUCAGCUAAGAAGAGGUGGACUAAACAGAGCAAUAAUUACCAGGUAGAAAUGGUCCUCACCUGAGGUUUUUCAGGUGCUAGGUUUUCUCACAUGUGUGUGCUAUGCCGAGUCAAACCCUUAGGAAAGAUUCAGUCAUCGCCGGAAAGGCAAGGAAUGUACCUUUUGGAAAGUGCUCGGAAAACUGCCGUGCCAAGUCAUCAGAGAAAUAAUCAUGUCGCAUUUUGCCACUAUGAUAUGCUAAACGUUUGAUGGAAAUCUAACAUGGCGUGGAAAUAUUGAAUUGAGGGGCUGCAGAGAUGAAAGAGGCGCCAUUCCCUUCACACUACAAAGGUGCCGAUUAGCCAUGCUGACAUCAUCUUCUGACACCAACGCACCGCCCAGAAAUCAAAGAGGCCCUUCAGGGUUUGGGUCUGAAAAUGCAGGACCACCGUCCCGGCUCUGUGGGCAGCCAUGCAGCUCCCCUGUUUAUUCAUGUGUCUCUGCCGCUCAUCCUCACAGGCGUAGAUGUGACGGCACAUUAAGGUGUCUUUUAGAUUGCUCGUCUUUUCUUCCAUUGGCUUUGGAUGGAGAACAGACAUGAGGGGGCUUUGCAAAUGAUGUGCUAAAAGCCAAUCAGCCCAUUCGGUGCCAUCUGUCUCCACCUCAAAUGCAAAAAAGAGAUAAAGUUUCCAUGUCGAGGUAUGUUUCAGUGCAUUCAUUCUUUGAUAAGAAAAUUGAGUUACUCGGCUGUCAUGUAAAGAGGAGUGGUGUUUACAGAAAAGAAAGAACACCAUUAUAACUUAUUCUGUCACUGCUGCUGAAAACUGAGAGAUAAAUCUAUAUUUUCACAGCUACAGUCAUUUCUGUCAACUUGUUUAAUCUCAAAUGCAUAGGAAAAGCCUAAGUACAUCAGGAAUCAACCUUGAGCUCACUGACAAGCAGUACAUCUAUUUGUAGCUUUCUUCAUUCUCUCCAUUGUCUCUUAAACUGCGUCCACAUUAAGCCAGCUACAUUUGAAAACACAUUUUUUUCUCUCCAUUUUGGCCCGCUGUCCAGACGAAGCUGGCGUGGAGCCUUUUGAAAAGGCUGAAAAGCAGGAGAAACAAAGAAGGUGUAAGCCUACCUUGAUAGCGUCUGGUCUGUCACCUCUACAGGGGUAGCUGUAGUCCUAAAACAGAUGUAGAGAGCAGAUGUGCACGGCUGCAAAGACAGAUGUGUUCACGUAUGUACAUAUAUUUUGGGUCUGCAUGCAGAUGGUUCGCCCCGGCCUCACAGACAUGAGGAUGGGGAAUGUAUAACUUGGGCAUAACCCUCUCUGUGAUCACUCAUUUUAAAAGUAAUACAGCUGUGUUCUCACUGAUUUUAGUGUAUUUUGCCUGAAAACUUUGCAAUCAUGAAAAGAACAAAUGAUUUUGGAUAAAACUAAUAUGUUUAUUAUCAAUUACUCUUCCAAUUAUUUUCUCAGUGAAUUGAUUGGUCUAUAACAUUAUCACAAAUCACAUUUUCUCAAAGCCCAGUUGACAUCUUCAGAUGUCUUGUUUUGUCCAAAUAACUAUCACAGGGACUACAACACCAAACAGUCAGUUAUACAUUUACUGACUUAAAACUAUUUGUUUCAGCUCUAGAUUGGUACAGUUAUGUAGGAAGUACUGUCUGCCUUUGAAACAUGUACUAUUGAUAAGGUGCAGUCAAAUUACUAUUUUACACUUGUCCCAAUGUCUGACAACAGAAACAGGAAAAAAGGCAAUGAGGGCGACUAACUGUCAAGUUCGGCUGUAUUAAAAUACUGUAUUAGUGAUCACAGACGCCACUGUUAUAUGCAGUUUUGUUGUUCACCAACAAAGGACAACAAAAUCUUGCUCUCUUGCUGUUGUCCAGCCAGACCAGAGGUCUUAAUGGAAUUGAUCUAAACAGCUAACGUGGAUGGACGUCAUUUUAAAACAUAAACUGUGUUUUCAGAACGAUCCUGCUUAGUGUGGAUGUACGUUUAGAUCACUUUUGACUGUGGGACUCACCUUUGUGAGGAGACACCAGGACUUAGCCCUGACCAGCUUUGAGCCCCUGUGUCACACACCCUUUAUCCAUACAGCAGAGCUCAGCAAUUGGGCCUUGGCCAGGCCUUUGAAUUGAAUACAGGCAUAAAGUCAUUCAGUCAGCACAAAACUCUGCAGUUCACAGGCACCACACUCUCUCACCCCUACUCUGUUUUAAACCGGGCCCUCAGAGGCCCCUCACACCCCAGGGUGGAAUGCCUCUGUCCCGUUUUUUCCUCUGCUGGGGAAAUAGCAGUUUGAGCCAAAUUGAGAUUAAGGCCAGGAUACAAUCACUUCAGCGUCCACAUCACCUGUAACCUUCACCAACAAAGUCACUUUACUGUCUGUUUCAGCUUGUUUCAUCCACAUUUUAAACUUCAGGUUGCUUAACUCUGGACAAAAAAGGUUUUGUGGUGACUCUAUUUCAGCAAAAACACAAAAAGAAUAAAACAUAAAAAAAUAAAAAACAGAAACCUGCAAGAUCUAGUUGGUUGGUAGGAAUCAGGAAUAGUAGAUAGAGUAUGAAGUUAUUUUUCAAAUCUUGUGGUUCAGCAGUUGGAAAUUAGUUUCACCAUUUUGGCGAGGUGGUGGGUAAUUCCAAAGAGUGCAGCACUGUUGAUUGUGUCAGAGAGCUGAGAUUUGAGGGAAUCUUUGUAUAUGUUCUAAUUGUAAAACUUGUAAAUUUUAUUUAUAUUGUUUUUUACACCUAUUACUCAGUAGAGAGCUCUGAAUACAUUGAAAAUGCACUAUAUUUUUCUAUCUCGCAGAUGAAUUAUUGCCACCCACAAGAUUUCAGUUGUACAUAAUUUUUCAUUUAGGACCAAAGACAGCUAUAGGAUUUCCAUCUUUACUUUGACUUGGUUUUGAUUUUGCCUUUUAGUCUGUUGUACAGUACUACAAAUUGUCAAUUUAUUAUUUAUUUUUAUGUGAUGAAAGUAUUGAGAAUAUUCACUGGUCAAAAGUAUUUUCCCCAACAGUAGAACUAUAAGAUCAUUUAAUUAGACAAUUUCUUGUUACAUAGACAAUUCCUUUUGCUUUGUAACCUUUGUAAUAGACUGUACAUAUAUUUUUGGAAAUAUAAUACAAUCUCGAAGUUUUGGGUGUC